CUUGCGAAAACGAACCGUCGCCCACGCUUGCGACACCACCAACCAGACCACCCUACCCGCGAUUCACGACAAGAUGGACCUCAAUUUCCAACUUGCCGCCCGUCAGGUUUCUGCCUGUGCUCUGUAGAGACACGCAAAGGGACAUCUUUCAACAUUGCCUCUUGUCCCACGGGAGGAAAAACACCAAUACACGCUUUUCAACACUCCUCAAAAAAUAAACUACCAACCGACACCUUGUACCGCUUCGCUCACACGACCUCUUACCCUUUCCUAACCUUCCUCCGAAACCCUGAACUCUACUACCCACGAACCCCAGAAGACAGAAGUACCACAACGCCCGUGAACAGUCACGCGACCAAGCUCACUCCACGAUCACUCCACCCACGACUUACACCAAUUCACCAAAAAAAACCAUGGCUGGUGCCGUGGUCUCUAAACGAAGUGCGAGACAGUUCCUCGAAGACGAGGGCGGCCAUCCCGCAGAACAUCCCACCUACCACCCCGCGAGACGUAACUCGAAGCAAGACGAUCCCAUUCCUACUGAGAUGGCCGACAAGUACCAAAUCAAGGGCCCUUCGCGGCAAGGGUCUCGCGAGUCUGUAGCCAGCUCCGACUCUACACUGGAGAUUACCACACAGCAGCAGAUCAUAAUGAAGGCGAUGGAAGACGAAUCUCAAACGCCUGCUACUACUGGAGAGAAGGCCCUGGCUAGGCGCGAAGAUGGGCUUCUCAAGGUCAACGAUCUGUCGAAGUCACCCCUGGCCUCGCCCAUGUCCCCUGGCAUUGAGCGAGUUUUGCCUAUUGACGGACGCCCCGUCAACUUUGGUGUUGUUGUCCCUGGAGUCUACCGAAGCAGCUACCCCAAGCCCGAGGAUUUUGGCUUCAUCCGCAAUCUUGGCCUCAAGUCAAUCGUUACUCUUGUCCAAAAGGACGAUGUUGACGAGCCUUACACCGCUUUCAUGUCAAGCAACGGUAUUCGUCACCACGUCUUCAACAUGAAGGGUACCAAGAAGGAGGCCAUUCCCAUUCGUACAAUGAAAUCGAUUCUCCGGCUAGUUCUGGAUCGACAGCACCAUCCUCUGCUCAUUCACUGCAAUCACGGCAAGCACCGCACCGGCUGUGUUGUUGGCGUGGUCCGCAAGGUGACUGGCUGGGAGCUCAACACCAUCGUCGAUGAGUACCGGGCAUAUGCUGAGCCCAAGAUCAGAGACUGUGACGUUAAGUACCUCACCGACUUUGAUCUCUCAGAUCUUUCCAACCUUUUCGUCCACGAGGCAAACAUGCGGUUUCGGAUCCGGCACUUUAUGAGGGUGACGCUCUUCACUGUCUUUGUCGUCUUUGUCUGGUUCAUUUCGGGCCAUAGAAUGCAGACGACAGCCAGACGCGUCAAAGAAGUGAAAUGAGUGACCUUGUUAAAGUCAUUUCUGCAUGAUGCUUGGCGUUGGGCGGAUUCUUGCCGAAGUCU